AUGAACCACCUCCCACAAGCCUGGGGCCGCCCCCGCGACGACAUCUACGGCGCCUACAACCACUCCCACCUCGCCCCCGGGCAACCCACGACGCACACCAAAUCCCCCAUCGUAACCGGCACGUCCGUGAUAGCGCUCAAGUUCCGCGACGGCGUCGUCAUCGCCGCCGACAACCUCGCCUCCUACGGCUCCCUCGCGCGCUUCACAGACGUCAAGAGGCUGAGGAAGUUCAACGACAAGGCUGUCCUCGGCUUCGGCGGCGAUGUGAGUGAUAUGCAGUAUCUAGACCGCCAUCUCAACGCCCUGGCCGUGCGGGAGAACUACUCCAGCGGCUCGGGAGCGGGCGAAAAGGCUUCCUCCACCUCAGCUGAAGCCAGCGAGGAAGAGCGCGCGGAGAGCCUGGACAAUGAAGGAGCGGGUACGGGAAUGGCGGCAAAUAACCUGCACAAGUACCUCCAGAAGCUGCUCUACCGCCGCCGUAGCGACUUUAACCCGCUGUGGAACCACAUCCUCAUCGCCGGACUAUCGACGCCGGACCCGAAGGUUCCGGAUGCGACACCGCAGCCGUUCCUCAAGAGCGUGGAUUUGCUGGGCACCGCGUUCGGUGCGCCAUCGCUGGCCACGGGAUUCGGUGCGCACCUCGCGCAGCCGAUCCUGAGACGCGUUGUCCCGGAUGAGGAGGCGGUGAAGAAGAUCGAUGAGAAGACGGCGGUUGAGGCGGUUAGGGAGUGCAUGAAGGUGCUGUGGUAUCGGGAUGCGCGGAGCUUGGAUCGGUACAGUUUGGCGAUUGUGACGGGGGAGGGGGUUAGGUUGAGUGAGGAUGAGAGGGUUGAGGGGCAGAGCUGGGAGUUUGCGGAGGGGAUCAGGGGGUAUGGGACGCAAGUUGUUUGA